AUGAAAGUUGAAUCCGUUCUGAGAGAACACCAUGUUUGCCCCGACGAGGAAUCCACAGAGGGUUUGACAGAACGCUUCUUUUACAAGCUGUUCAAUCGAUUCGCGUCUCUGACACCUACCCCUGCGACCCGCGUGUCCUCACCCGGGGGAGAAUUAAAGAAGUGCAACAACUCUUACGCAUAUGCCGACAGCGGCGCUAGUCGCACUUCAAAAACUUUCAAAGAACGUUUGGGUGCAUUGUUGAAUGCGAGACAUUCGUUACAACGGCGUAUGCACUCGGGUAAGGACUGUAGUGGGGCUACCGUCUGCGGUGUAGCAACUGCGACAGCUGUUUCCGAGGGGUGUGCGAGUUGCAGUGAUGUGGAAACGAGGUCACUCCAGGUGCUUGAUAGCAGCCAUCCUAAAGAAACGAUGCAUGCGCAGGAUUCCUUGCAAUUUGCCAUCACAGACCCUAUUCAGUUCUUGGCUAUAAAUACGGAUGAGAACGAGCGUUUGACGUCAUUACAUGACGUACGCAAUAUUCCAACAUUUAUUGCAUAUUUCGAUGGAUACAUCAUAGCUAGCGCUGAGGGUGCGAAUGAAAUGGGGCUAUGUAAACUCGUGAGGCUCUUAGCUGAGGAAGCAGAGGGUCAAAAAGAAAAAGGGAACUCAGCCAAACAGUAA